AUGACUGCAAAAGCAACUUGGAAGCGCUAUAGACUCGCUAUCGCUGCGCUCGCGGCCGUGCUGGUGCUUUUGAAGUUUUUGGAGCCAGCCAAGGGCCAUCUUUCAGGCUUGGAUGUGUUCUCUACGGCGGCAAAUUCUACAGUCAAGCUGGUGGGCAAAAACCCAAAAUCGAUGGCUGCAAUCGAGACAAGAUUGGAGUACUACUUCCCUUACGAGCCAGCAGAUCCGGUCGAACCCAGCAUCUGGCAGAUCUGGAAGUCCAAGCUCGACGAUCAGGCUUUCCCAGAAGUGGCCAAACAACACGUUGAGAGGUGGCGUAAAGUGAACGAUAACUAUAACCACAAUUUGCUGUCGAUGGACGAGGCUGCUCAGGUCGUGAAUGACCACUUUAAGGGCACUGCCAGCGAGGUGGUGGAAGCUCUGGCAAUGCUACCUAACGAGCGGUUGCGGUUUGAGCUUCUAAAAUACCUGGUGACCUUUGUGAAUGGAGGAUUGUACACAGAUAUCGACACCAAGUGCGUCAAGCCUGUCAAACACUGGUACGAAACCCGCAUGGGCAAGACCAACAUGAUGGUUGGAAUUGCCAAUGACUUUAACGAUGAUAGCUGGGACAAAUUGUACACCCGGAGGCUUCAAUUCUCGACAGGGACGUUCAAGGCGAAGGCUCAUCAUCCGUUUUUGCGCAAGCUAAUUGCCAGAAUUGUUCACAUCUGCUUUACUCAAAAGGUUACGAUCUUGGAAACUAAUUGGGAGGAGGUCUUUGAUCAUGUGGAUGCAAAUGGUGAACCGUUGUUACAGUUUACUGGGUCUGUGAUCUUCACCGACACUUUGUUUGAGUACCUGAAUGGACUGGACAACGUGAUCUUCAUGAGAGUGGCAGCGAACGACCAAGAUAAGCCCAAGAUGAAGGUGGUUGGUCCAGAGGUUCCACCGGAUGUCCGCUUCAGUUACCGUCAGUUCACGGGGCAAAAGGCUCCGUGCCAGGUAGAUGACACCGUGAUCAUGCCACUGUCCAGUUUCAACGGUAUUGCGUACGAGGAUCCAGAUGAACUUGACGACAAGAAUGAAAAACUGAGUGGUGAUAACAAGUACUUUUAUGUGAGACACUUAGCACUUGGGUUUUGGCAGAGCAAGAAGAGCGAGGGAGAGAUGAGAAAGCUGAAGGAGAAAGAGGCCGAGCUGACUCAGGAGCCCGGAACUGGGCAGCCAAACGUGGUACCAAGCUGA